AAGUUUCAUCCGCGUCGCCACUCGGAAGGUGGAUAUCAGAGGCAAAUAGGGAGAGAAAUAUCCUUCUCAGAUGGCGGCAAUCUUGCUAUCUGUUUCUUGUUCGCACACCUCCAAGCCCAGCCGUUCUUCUUCGCCGCUCGUGCUGAUCUCCAGCUUGAAGCCCGCCUCCAAACCGUCAUCUAUUUCGUGGGCUUCUUCUAUUUCCGACAUUUCGAUCAGCGUAAACAGUCUCGCUGGAAUUUCAUUUCCUCAUACUGACAACCGUCAGAUUGGUGUUGUUCAAGCUGCUUGGACACGCAGAUCUCGAGGUGAGGCUGCAAAGAAACCUAAUAGAAAAUCAUGGAGGCAAAGAACUGACAUGUACAUGCGGCCAUUCCUCCUGAAUGUCUUCUUCUCCAAAAGAUUUAUACAUGCCAAAGUAAUGCACAGGGGCACAAGCAAGGUGGUCUCUGUCGCAAGCACAAAUGCAAAGGAUCUCAGGAACACAUUGCCGUCCCUCACUGAUUACGACGCUUGCAGAACAAUUGGGCAAUUGAUUGCUGAAAGAUCUAAGGAAGCCGAUGUAUUUGCUAUGGCAUUCGAACCAAAGAAAAACGAGAGAAUUGAAGGCAAACUUGGCAUUGUCCUUGAUACUAUAAAAGAGAACGGCAUUAUUUUUGUGUAGGUAAUCAGAUCUCAUCUCUGUUUUGUUAAAUAAUUCAAUCCUUUGUUGCUCUCAGUAAGGUUGCAGAUAGAAUCGUAAUGCAGUUUAUAUGGUUCUCUAUUUCUAAUAGGGUGCAUGACUGCAUGUGUGAUUUCAUGGAUUAUACUUGCGAAAGAUUAGACCAAGAGAUUAUUUAGGGGGCCUUUUGGCAAAUUUAUAUUUUGUUAAUAAAUUGCAUGUAUGCCAUUUCCAUAGGAA